UGUAUGGGCUUCUUGGGUUCUACUAGAACUAGAAAAGGCCUCUGAAGCCAUUGGAAAGCAAAGGCAAGUUAGCUCCCAACUAUAUCCCAGGCUUAACCUGGGGACAAUUUAGAAGUGAAUAUUUGGCAUCAAAGCCAUCCCAUUUAGUAUCAAGUCAGCUAGAUGAACAUCUAAAUACCAGAGCAGGGAUAAUGCCAGUUAAGCCAAUUCAACCCCCCUCUUUCCGAUGGUAGGGAGGAAAAAGGCAAAGUUCAGAAAUUGGUCUCUAUGGAACUAGGUCAAACCCAUGUGAAUUUUGGGGAGUACAUUUUCCCAUCCCUUAUCAGCAUUCCAAGUCAAGAUAUCUUUUUUCGGGUAAUAAUGGAAACAUCUCAGUAUUUAAAUCUUUUGGGAAAGCUUGCCCAAUUCAGUAAUUGGCCAGUUUCAGCCCAUUUUUUUCUCUCUAGAGUUAUUCAUACCCCAUUAGGAACCUUAUUGCUCUCUGAAUUUUAACUCAAAGGCUGGAAAGUGCCUUGUUCCCACUAUUGAGUUAGGAGGAGGAACCUCACCUCCACCCUUAACAGAAGCCUUCACAUCACUUCUUAAAUCUUGGGGUCAUGGGGUCAUCAGGAAGAAAUAAAAAGUAGAUGCUUAUAUGAAAGGGCUUCUGUUGCUGCCUUGUCAGGUUGAGUAAUAGAGGGUACAGAAACUAAAGCUCAAGGUAAGAUCCCUUUCAGGUCUCCCGUUAUUUUCCUUGAUCCUUUUCUGAGAUGCAUUUUUUUUUUUUCUCCUGGCCUCAUAGUUCCGAAGUUAAAAAAGCCUCAGGUGGUUUAGAGAGAGUGGCAGUUUCCCUCCUUUUCCAGCUAUUGGGCUUAGUGGCAGUGAGAGCCUUUGGACUUCUAAAGUAAAUGCAUUCUCAUUAGAAAUGCUCUGGCUAACUUCAUUUACUAGAUGCAGUGGCCAAUUAUUUGUGCCCUGAAUUGUAAGGCUGAACUUGGUGAACUUGGAAUGAUAAAAUCACCUUCACCUUAGAUUUACAGGCUUUGUGGUUUGUGGGGUCAGUAGGGGGUACUUGUUUUCAGUUUGGUGUGAAACCACAGCUGAUUCCAGGUCAACAGAGCUUGAAAUCUGUUAGGUAUAGGUAUUGGGGUGGAGGGAGGGAGGUUCUCUGAUGGGGCAGUGAGUUGGGUGAACCAUUCUCAUUGUUCCCUUUCCAUCUCCCAAAGGUUUCCGGGAACUUUGGUAACCUUAGUGUAGUAAGGGACCUUGCCAUGGGGUGAAGUCUUUGGGAGAAAGACAUACCCCCUGACUCUUUCAUAUUGUGGAGAAUCAGAGUUAGCUAGGCUAAGCCUAACUAGACUUCUCAGGCUGGAAGUACCUACCUCAUCUAGCACCCUUAUGGACAGACACUUGGAUAUAAAUGUAGAUCAGUAAGGAUGGUUUUUAAAGAUACCAGCUCUGGCACUGUUAGCAACUCAACUACAUCAGAGACCACAGGCAGUGGGGGAAGGGGUGUGAAAAGCCUUUUGGUUUCCUGUUCGCUGAGUCAGAUCAUCCCCUCCCUCAGCAUCCCACCAACUGCUCUUGAAGGGGGAGGGGAAGGGAUUGUAUCCUUCAGAUUCAAAUUAGGAAUUUCUCAUUCCAUCACAACUACACCAUAAUUCCUGACCUGGCCCCUUUUCCACAGGCCAUAGUACAACAGCUCCCUGAAUGGCAGUGGUUCAGGCUGUCUCUCAAUCCCAAUCCCCUCCUGUCCUUUGGGUCCUGAGUUGCCUGGCCUUGGUUCUUAUGCUUUGUGCUUUGUGCACCACCUGUCACAGAAAGGGUAAAAGAAAGCAGCAAUCUUCCAUGAAGCUAGUGAAUGUGACCCAGCUUCGUUCACUCAGCAAGUCAGAUUCCAAACUGCAUGAACUCAACCGGGGUCCCCGAACCAGUAAAGCCCAGCGUCCUAUCAGCAUUGACCUCCUAUACCCACGGUGGCCAGGAGGGAUCAGGGCUGACAUCCAGGUGAACACAGUGCCUCCUGUCUUUAUUCACCGUGAGCUGCCCCAGCCCCCACUUGCUUCAGACUAUUUGGCCCUUGGGUCUACCUAUUCCAAUGUGAGGCUAGCAGCUACUCCGAGCGGUCCCCCCAUGACAGAAAGGGGAGAAGAACAGCUGAGGACUUCAGAGAAGUUGGUGGAGGUUCUGUACUCCAAAAUCAGCAGGUUAGGCCGGAAACCCUUGGAGCCCACCGGGAACAGAGCUCUCUGUAACAAGACGGACAGAGAUACUCAGGCACCCCUAAUGGAGACUACAAAUGAACAGAGUCAGAGUCCAGCUAUAAACUUCUCCUAUAGGACUGGCAGUCCCACCUGGGGCAAGAAUACAGGAAAUGGGCACACUGAGAAUUUUUAUGAGAGUAUAAGUGAAAUGGAGGGGCUUGGGCAGCCUAGGCUACCUAGUAGGGCACAGACUCAUAAGCCCUCUGGAGAUAUAUGAAAAAAUAAGGGGGAAAAUAAAGGCAAAAGGUUGGCGUGAAUUCACAGUUACAAAGCUUACUUUGUGAAUCUCCCAUACUUGUGAACUCCAAUGAGUACUUAAAUACUUCUUGCUUAUAUGAGUUCUCUAAAGAUGUGAACACAAGCAUUGUAUCAAUUAGUUCUACUUAAUACCUUGUUUCAGGUUCUGGCCCAAAACAUCUCCUUGUAAGAUCAGAUCAAUGAUACUGAACCAUGCUAAAUUAGAUAAUUAUUGUCUCUA